AAAUGCUUGUUGCCAUGGAGACACAAUGUAGGAAGUAAGUCCCCUGCUUGACGUAAUGUCGUUCUUGUUUUGACAGCUAAAAGUCUGCGUUAACUUUAAAGUGUCGUUGCAGUAUUUUUACAUCGAUUCUGGAACAACGUUUGACAACAACAACUUAUCAAGAUGAAUUGUCACUUACACCUCAUUGCCUCAAACUGACAAGGUAAAUCAUCAACUUUCAAACGCACUCGCUACAUUACAAAAGUGCUAUGACUUCCUAUAGCAUUUAGCCCAAGUCAAUCUACACCGAAUGCUACAGUUAGGAAGACAUUUACGAUACAGCUUGAAUACUUGUACAAGUCCAUGAGCCGCAACCGAAACCCGGCCCCCCCUUCCCGGGGUCAAGGGGCUGCCCGCGCCAAACAGAUGGGGCUGCUGCUUGACCUGGACCCGGAGGGAGGUAUGGAUGAUGACGGCAACGAUGAAGAUCUUGAGGCAGAGCUUCUGAGUCUGAUGGGAGGAGGAGGGGGAGGAGGAAUGCAAAGGAAGACACGUGAAAACAAAGGUCCUGUUCAUAUGGCUGACAUUGAGCGCAUGGCGGCUCUUUGUAUGAAAGACCUGGACGAAGAAGACAUGAAGGAUGAAGAUCUGGAUGACGAUGAAGAUCUGCUGGCAGAGUUGAAUGAAGUUCUGGAGGAUGAGGAAGAAAGCCGCUCUGCUCACACACCACAAGCUCUUACACCGACUGCUCCCGAUGUCCGAGUUGCGUUCCACUCUCAUCCUCCUGUUAGCUCCAGUGCUGCAACAGGUGCAGAGUACCGCCUGUUAGAGCGAAUAGACAUGUAUAAGGCCGCCAUGACUAAUGCAACGGCUGCUGGGGAGAUCAGCAAAGUUCGACGAUAUGAGCGUGGAUUCAAGACACUGCAGUCCAUGCUCACAUCCGUAAGGAAAGGUAAGCCGGUCAAUGAGGAGGAGAUGCCCCCUCCUGUUGCUGUUGGUGGAAAUCUCAGUGCUUCAGUGUCUGAAUCAAUCGAGGAAAAAAAAGUCCCAGAGCCUGUCUUAAUGCCCUUAACUCCACCCAAUGAAAAACCUUCAUGGGAGGCAGCACCAACAGCUCCUAAUACUAAGCCACGCCAUCUAGCUUUACCCCAGAAUAAUACUACUGCCAUUAUGCCAGGAAGCCCUUCUAUCUCUCCACUCACACCUCAGCAGCCCAACACGAAACACUCAGAUCUUAAACAGGCAGUGUUGUCCCGACAGAGGGAGUACAAGAUGGCUGCCAUAGAAGCUAAGCAGAGUGGCGACAUUAACCUGGCCAAACAGCAGUAUGUCACUGCCAAGAAGCUGGAUUCCUUGCUGGAGGCCAUAGACAAAGAUGAGCCAGUAGACCUCAGCUUGCUCCCUGCACCACCUGGGUCUGGAAUAGAAGAGAAUGUACCUCCUUCCUUUAAAGCAGCACCUCCUGCUGUUCCUGCACCCACACAGUUGCCAUCAGCUGAUCUCCAGGCUCCAAGCAGUGUCGGAGAAGCCUUGCAGCAGAGGUUGGACGUAUACAAAUCAGCAGCUGAGAGCGCUAAAAGCAAAGGAGAAGACCGUAAAGCUCGCAUGCAUCAGCGCAUCGUAAAGCAAUACCAGGAUUCCAUAAAAGCGCACAAGGCUGGGCGACCUGUCAGCUUGUCUGAUCUACCUGUACCGCCAGGCUGCCCUCCAUUGCAGGGCUCGGAGAGAGAGCAACAGAACUUUUUGGGUGUGCUGGAAACCGCAGUGAAGAUAGCUAAUGAGGAUCCAGAUGUAGAAGAGAACAAUCCCAGAGAGUCUGCCAAGACCUCUGUGCACACAUCUGCCCAGAAGGCCAAGUCUCCAACCCCAGGUGGCGCCACAACUCUCAAACUAGGAGGCAAAGCACAACAGCAAGUGGAUUUCUUGUUGCUACGACGACAGGCUUUUUUACGUGCAGCGCUACGCUCCAAGCAGAUGAAGGACAUGACGGCAGCAGCUCAGCACCUCAGACACGCUAAAGGACUCGACCCCAUGGUCGAAGCCGCCAAAUCUGGCCUUCCUGUUGAUAUUACCAAGAUUCCCAGAAGCCCAGUCAGCGAAGAAGACUACUCGUUGGCUCGUUCGCGUGCAUCUCCACUUUCUCCUCGCACCAGCGAGCAGUACCAAGGCCUCAUGGAUCUAUUGCGCAAACAGCAUGAAAAAUGUGUGAGCUCCUCGCUGCUGUUCACACACGUGGGCAAUAUUGCAGAGGCUCUCAAGUGUGAGAAACUUAUGGAAGACUCUUGGAAGAACAUUGAAAUAUUAAAGAAUGCACAUGCGAAAGGCCAACCAAUCCCGAAGUGCCACACGCAGGAAAAGAUCCUCAGUGUCGCAAAAAACUACCCCUCUUUGGCUCCCAAUGAAAUGAUACUGUACAUCAUCAGAGCCACAAACCUACCUGCCCCAUCAGGUGUGUCACCCAGUGAUCUGGAUACCAGUGUGAAAUUUGAUUUUCCUUUUCCCAGUGCGGAGGAGGCGCAGAGGGACAAAACCAACACGGUGAAAAGCACCAGCAGUCCAGAAUUUAAAGAGCAGUUCAGACUUAACAUCAACAGAACACAUCGAGGAUUUAAACGAGUCAUCCAGUCCAAAGGCAUCAAAUUUGAAGUCGUCCAGAAGGGGGGCCUCUUUAAACCUGACAAGAUUUUGGGCACAGCUCAACUCAAGCUGGAGGGCCUAGAAAACCACUGUGACAUCAGAGAGAUAAUUGAGUGGGCGUUCUGAUGAUCAACAUAUACAGUGGGGGAAAAAAGUAUUUAGUCAGCCACCGAUUGUGCAAGUUCUCCCACUUAAAAAGAUAACAGAGGUCUGUAAUUUUCAUCAUAGGAUGUGAAAAAAAAUCCAGGAAUUCACAUUGUAGGAAUUUGAAAUAAUUUAUUUGUAAAUUAUGGUGGAAAAUAAGUAUUUGGUCAAUAACAAAAAUUCAACUCAAUACUUUUUAACAUAACCUUUGUUGGCAAUAACAGAGGUCAAACGAUUACUAUAGGUCUUUACCAGGUUUGCACACACAGGUGGUAUUUUGGCCCAUUCCUCUAUGCAGAUCUUCUCGAGAGCAGUGAUAUUUUGGGGCUGUCGCAGAGCAACACGGACUUUCAACUCCCUCCACAGAUUUUCUAUGUGGUUGAGGUCCCCAGACUGGCUAGACAACUCCAGGACUUUCAAAUGCUUCUUACGGAGCCACUCCUUCGUUGCCCGGGCGGUGUGUUUGGGAUCAUUGUCAUGCUGGAAGACCCAGCCACGUUUCAUCUUCAAAGCUCUCACUAAUGGAAGGAGGUUUUGGCUCAAAAUCUCACGAUACAUGGCCCCAUUCAUUAUUUCCUUAACACGGACCAGUCGUUCUGUCCCCUGAGCAGAAAAACAGCCCCAAAGCAUGAUGUUUCCACCCCCAUGCUUCACAGUAGGUAUGGUGUUCUAGGGAUGCAACUCAGUAUUCUUCUUCCACCAAACACAGCGAGUUGAGUUUAUACCAAAAAGUUAUAUUUUGGUUUCAUCUGACCACAUGACAUUCUCCCAAUCCUCUGCUGUAUAGUCCAUGUGCUCUCUGGCAAACUUCAGACGGGCCUGGACAAGCACUGGCUUAAGCAGGGGGAUGCGUCUGGCACUGCAGGAUUUGAUUCCCUGUCAGCGUAGUGUGUUACUGAUGGUAACCAUUGUUACUUUGGGCCCAGCUCUCUGCAGGUCAUUCACCAGGCCCCCCGUGUGGUUCUGGGAUUUUUGCUCACCGUUUUCAUGAUAAUUUUGACCCAACGGGAUGAGAUCUUGCGUGGAGCCCCAGAUCGAGGGAGAUUAUCAGUGGUCUUGUAUGUCUUCCAUUUUCUGAUAAUUGCUCCCACAGUUGAUUUUUUCACACCAACCUCCUUGCCUAUUCUAGAUUCACUCUUCCCAGUCUGGUGCAGGUCUACAAUUCUUUUCCUGGCUCCUUCGACAGCUUUUUGGUCUUGGCCAUUGUGGAGUUGGAGUCUGACUGUUUGAGGCUGUGGACAGGUGUCUUUUAUACAGAUAACGAGUUCAAACAGGUUCCAUUAAUACAGGUAACAAGUGGACGACAGAAGAGCUUCUUAAAGAAGAAGUUACAGGUCUGUGAGAGCGAGAGAUCUUCCUUGUUUGAAGUGACUAAAUACUUGUUUUCCACCAUAAUUUACAAAUAAAUUCUUUAAAAUUCAUACAAUGUGAAUUCCUGGAUUUUUUUUCAUAUUCUGUCUCUCACAGUUGAAGUGUACCUAUGAUGAAAAUUACAGACCUCUGUCAUCAUUUUAAGUGGGAGAACUUGCACAAUCGGUGGCUGACUAAAUACUUUUUUGCCCCACUGUAUUGUACAUAUUCAUGAAGACAGACAAGCUAAAUGAAUUGCGCUCCUUAUUUUACUCCUAUAAAAGUGGAACUGCUCUUUUUGGUGAAUUUUGGAAUAUUUCACAAUACCGAGCUCCAUUGUUUUAAGAGUUAAAAUGCAGAAAAAACAAAAAAUGUGUGUUUGUCUCACAUACGAUCGUGAAUCAAAGGAAACAUUUAAAAAAAGGGCAGUUCCCCUUUAAGAGACGCAAUCUUCUGUUAAUGACUUUAGUAUAACAAUUUUCGGACUAUUAUAAAUUAAUGUACAGAAUAAUCCUGGUUGUGCUUACUGACCUCGAAGCAAUUUAAUUUGGUACAUGGUGUAAUGAUAAGUGUGACCAGUAGACGGUAGUCACACAUAGGAGAUACGCACAGACUCCAAUAUGAUGCCAGUAAACAACACCAAAACUUAGCGGAAGUAGCGGAAAUUUUUACUUAUAUCUUGUUAUGUAAGCGUUAAAAAAUACCAGUGUAGUGGGUUUACAUAAUUCACCCAUGGAACUUUAGUUAUUAGACAGUUCCAGUCGAACGUUUUUUCACGGGACACAUUUCCAGCAUUGUAAUUACACUAGUGGGCCACGGAUGAGAAGAUCCUGCUCCGUUUUUGAUUCAAGUAAAGUCUGAAUGUCAUUAAAACAGUUAGCUCCAUCUUUUGACUCCCGUCCUUGCACGCUACACAGCUACAACAAAGAUGACGGGGAGAAGAAGCUGUCGAAGGUGAGCCACGUAAAUAAGGCCACCCACAAAAUGGCGCAUCCUUUAGCGACAGUCAGAAAGCGACUUGAAGAUGGUCUGUAAGACAUAAUAUAUGCAACAUUUUGACCAAAGAACCACCGUCACAUGUUAUGUAGACCACAAAGAAGUGUUUUUAAAUUUAGGAAAAAAAUCACAAUAUGACCUCUUUAAUGCGCCUUAUAAUCCGGUGUGACCUAAAAAUACAGAAUAUCAAAUUUGUGUGCGCAAUGAAGUUUGCGUUUGUUCUAGUACACACAAACUUAAUGUUUACCUGUGCACAUUUCAUGUGUUUGUCUGCUUGUGUGUGUGUGUGUGUGUGUGUGUGUGUGUGUGUGUGUGUGUGU